GCAGCGGUGGAUUUCCCAAACUUUUUUUUUGCCAUUCCCACAGUUUGCACUUGAGAAUCCAGGCAGACAGCACAAAUCGUCCACCUGAGUGAGAUAGGAAGAUGAGCGCAGACACUCUGGAGAGGUCGGACGCUCAGGCCGAGCAGCAAGAGCCAAAAGGACUUGGAUUUCACAGACAAAUAAAAACCGAGGACAUCAACGACGCACCUCACUUGAACUCCUCGCUGAAAACAUGUCACUUGACACAGAAUCUUCCCAUGCAUGGAGGGCAGAUGGCUGGGGACCUGACAUCGCUGCACACCAUGCAGCAGUUGGUUCUGAUGCAACCAUCUCACCUGUCCUCUCCUCCACCCUACCUGCUCUCGCAGAACACCAACAGCCAUCAAGCUCUUCUGCAACAGAAUCUGAUGUCCCUUCCUGGACCGAACCAUAGCGGUCUACUUCAGCACCAGCCUGGACUGGCUUUGACUCCACAGGCCAUGAGUCGCUCAGGCCUGGUCGGACCGUCCAUGGACAAUCACAUGGACCUGACCCACCUGCAGAUGCCCAAGCACAUGGCGGUGCCACCUCAGGAGGAACCCAGUGACCUGGAGGAACUGGAGCAGUUUGCCAAAGCAUUCAAACAGAGACGCAUCAAAUUGGGUUUCACACAGGGUGACGUUGGCCUCGCCAUGGGAAAACUGUAUGGCAACGAUUUCAGCCAGACGACAAUCUCUCGCUUCGAGGCCCUCAACCUGAGCUUCAAGAAUAUGUGCAAACUCAAACCUUUGCUGGAGAAAUGGCUGAGUGACGCAGAAAAUUCACCGUCCGAUUCCAUGAGCAACCCCACCUCUCUGCCCCCUCUGAUGGAGGGAUACGGACGCAAAAGGAAAAAGAGAACGAGCAUUGAAACCAACAUCAAGCUCACGCUGGAAAAACGCUUCCUUGAUAACCCAAAACCCAACUCAGAGGAGAUAACGCUGAUCUCAGAGCAGCUGGCCAUGGAGAAAGAAGUAGUUCGGGUUUGGUUCUGCAACCGGCGUCAAAAGGAGAAGAGGAUCUAUUGCCCUGUGGCCAAUUUACCCGUCAAGUCGCAGGGCUACAACUCCAGGAUGGUCGCAGUGUCCAGAUCCUACAGCCCCCUGGCUUCAGGUGGAGUUUCAUCAAAUUCAUCACCAAACAGCACAAGCCGUGACAUUUCUCCCAACAGCCUGUCUGCGGCCUCGCUAGCAUCUCAGGUCAACCAGGGUCCUUACAGCACUCCAGGAUCCUGGUACCGAACAUGGAAUUCUACCACGUAUCCCCACUGAGGAAUACAAACUGCAACCAUUUGGACAUUUUCUUGAGAAGGAUGCACAAUGAAGCGUUUAUGGAGGCAGCACCCAUAGAAGAUGCUUGAAGUUUUGUCUUAUAGAAGAAAACAAGGAUGAAGAAGACGAAGUAGAGGCAUACAGUCCAGCUCAUAAGCUUUUUAGCUCCGUGACUGUCACACUAUUUAACCAGAUGAAAUGUACAUAUUCAUUAAGAAGCGCUUCUUCUCCACCGUCUUUAUCCUGGGAUGGGUGAAUGUCAGGUGUUGAUUUGUCUAGAAUAAAAUUGUCAUCUGCC